CCGUGGUGUGUUCCCCGCAGCUUGUUUCACCGGCCGUCCUGUAUUCCAGGAGGCCGGCAUCUUCAGUGUGGUACCUACUGCUCGAGUAGCGCUGCGCAUCGUGAAUGGUCCUGUAGUCUUCUGGGACCUGUCACGUGUCCCAUAAGACUACAGGGAGGGAGGGAGGACACUUUCCACUUCCGAUCGCCUACCUGAUUGGCACCUUUGGGGAGCGGGUACCCGAAUUUGACAGGUACCCGCUCCCA